AUGGCUGCGGCUGGCUUUGUGGAUAUCGAGGAGAAGUGGAUCAAGGUCCCGGCUGGGGCGUGGCCUUUAGACGCAAAACAGAAGGAAAUUGGCACCUUUGCCGCCUUCGCCGUUGACCGAGAUAUUGAGGGAUUCAUCGGUUUCGUCAGUAGCGUUCAGGGCUGGACGAAGGAGGAAGUUGCGGUGUAUACAGCUCAACUCAGGCGCGAGCUUCGCUCCCGCAAACACCAUGUCUGGUACUGGCAAAAGAUCGUGUGGGGUCGUAAACCAGAGUCAAGCUCAUAG